AUGAGGCUUCUAGUCCUCACCAGCCUGCUCUGCACCCUGCUUCUCUGUUUGUCCGUCUUCUCCGCAGAAGGGAGAAGACACCCGAUGCAUCAUGCCAAGCCCGGAAAAGGCAAGCCCUGCUGUCCCCGAAUUCCUGGCCCUGAACUGAUGACCCAGAAAGGACACCACACGAGAAACUGCAGACCAUGCAAACUCAAGCCAAGGCCCCGCUUUUGGGUGGUUCCUGGGGCCCUCCCACAGGUGUAG